CCAACUCAAGGUGUUGGAUUUGCGCGAAACAAUAAUUUGGGAACUUUUCCUGCGCAUUUAACCAGGUUGAUUAAUCUCGAGGAGCUGUGUAUCAGUAAUUGUCAACUUACUGGCCUUCCUGAGCUUUUUGCUUAUUUACAAAAUCUGGAAAUUCUUGAUAUAAGUAAUAAUUUAUUGAAACAUCUACCAUCAUGCGUUACAAGACUUUCAAAUCUACAUAAACUUUAUGUAAGCGACAGUAACUACAGGAUAUCUCAGAAGAUAAAUUUAUUCAACCUUGUCAAUUUGAGGCACUUGGUUCUUAAUCAGAAUAAAUUAAAAACUCUACCAAGAUCUAUUGGCCAGUUAAAGGAGUUGCGAUAUCUUAAUCUUCAUGAGAAUCUCUUGUCUUCCCUACCUCGAAACAUAAAACACCUUAGACAAAUGGAGACACUUUUAUGUGACAAUAAUCCUUUACAAGUUCCACCAGUUGGUGUAUGUAAUCAAGGAAUACAAAGUAUCCGUAGUUAUUAUCACGCUAUGGAUAAAACUAAAGAUAUUCAUUCAAAACGACUAAAGGUACUUAUAUUGGGACAGUCUAUGGCGGGAAAAACAUGUCUUGUAAAAAUGUUGAUGGAGGGUGAAUCGACGCAGAUAAAUGAAGAUGACAGAACAUUUGGUGUCGUGUUUUACAAUUGGAAACCUGAACCACUUGUGGACGAGUUGGAGUUGAUGGUUAUUGAUUGCGCAGGACAGAAAGCUUAUCAAAUGACUCCUCAACUUUUACUCUCCGAAGAUAAAUUUAGAUACGUUUAUGAAACUCGUGAGAACUUUACCGUCAUGGCUCAUUUGUGAAUAUGAAUUGCAGUUCAUCUAUAAAAAUUCCGUCAGUAACAGGAGCGUUAUUUAUCUUGGUGGUGAAUUUAUUUCGUUACGUUUUUGAAAAUUCUGCAAAUUAUCACGAAGAAGUUGCACAAUGGAUAUCUCUAGUUGCAUCACGUGUUCCUAAAGCUAAAAUCCUAUUGGUUCCUACACACGUUGACCUAUGUCGUAAUGAAGAAGAGAUCGAUCUGAAAUGUCGAAAUAUUGUGAAAAAUUUGAAGAAACAACGCAAGGAAAUGUUACGUGAAAUAAUAGAAAACGUUAAACGUAAACUGGAACAUUGUGUUUCUUCUGAUGAAGAGUCAAAAAUUAUGGAGCAACUUCAAGAGCAGAAAGAUAAACUGCCUGUUUUGUCUUUACAUUAUAAGGAAGAGCACGAGAACUUAGACGGCAAUUUAGCCUUGGAUGCCAUUGCCAUUAGCAACAAAUCGCUGGCAGGCACCUUAAGGUUACGGCGUGAACUCGUGAGGAUCGCUAGGGAUAAAAAUCUGUUCCCAUAUGUUGACAUAACUCUUCCAGAAUCAUGGAUGAACGUCGAGAAAGAGAUCAAAGCCCUUCGCAGCACCCUUAAAGUGCCGUGUUUAUCUUUUUCCGAGCUUCACGAGUUGUUAAUCAUUCGGAAAAUUGAAGUUACAGAGUGUGAAUUGCGAUCCUGUGUUUCGUAUUUUGACACCAUUGGUGA